GACAGAGAGAGAGAGAGAGAGUGUGUGUGGGUGUGCAUGCGCGCGCAUGUCUGUCUGACCACAGGUAGUAUUCAGAUUACUCUGCCUGUUCUCUCCUCUGCCAUCUGACCAGGACUGUGCAGCUCAGCCCCGGAAUUUCCCAGGAGCAGGGGGAGCAUGGAAUUUGGACUUUUCUGAGCAACUGAAGUGGAGCGUGGAGCUUGCCUGGACCAGGAGGGCACCAUGGAUGACAAACCACUGGGCAGCAACGGCAGCAAGCCCCCAAGGCCAGGAGACGCUCCUGACAUCAGGCUCCUUUCCAACCCAUUGAUGGGGGAUAUUGUGUCCGACUGGUCGCCUGUGCAUGAAGCUGCAAUUCACGGACGUCUGCUGUCUUUGAGGAACCUCAUCAGCCAGGGGUGGCCUGUGAACCUCAUCACAGCAGAUCGUGUGUCCCCACUCCAUGAAGCUUGUCUCGGAGGUCAUGCCUCCUGUGCAAACAUUUUAUUAAAGCAUGGAGCUCAGGUGAAUGGUGUUACUACAGACUGGCAUACUCCCUUGUUUAACGCUUGUGUCAGCGGCAGCCAGGACUGCGUGAAUUUGCUUCUGCAGCAUGGAGCCAGCCCUCAACCUGCCAGUGAUCUGGCAUCUCCCAUCCAUGAAGCUGCUAAGAGAGGCCACACGGAGUGCAUCGAGACUCUUGCGGCUCAUGGCGGUGACAUUGACCAUAACAUCAGCCACCUGGGCACACCUUUAUAUUUGGCUUGUGAAAACCUGCAGGUAGCCUGUGCCAGGAAGCUUCUGGAAUCAGGAGCGAGUGUGAACCAAGGCCGGGGGCUGGACUCCCCUCUUCAUGCGGUGGCCAGGGCUUCCAGUGGGGAGCUGGCCUGCCUGCUCCUGGAGUUUGGAGCAGACACCCAGGCCAGGAAUGCUGAAGGCAAACGUCCUUUGGAGCUGGUGCCUCCAGAGAGCCCCCUGAGCCAGCUCUUCUUGCAGAGAGAAGGUGCUUCUCCUUUGCCUGAACCUAAGCCCUAAUCCAUAGAGACUCCUGUGGGCUCUAGCAGGAGGCAGGGCCACCUACUUUGAUGCAGUUGUGCCGCCUUAGAAUUCGGAAGUGCUUUGGGAUCCGGCAACAUCACAGAAUCACAGGACUCAGUCUCCCCGAGGAGCUGAAACGCUUUCUCCUGCAUGUUUAAAUGUGUCAAGGGAGUGGAGUCACAAGCAACGGUCAGACGUUAUUGGGGGUUGAGGCCCCUGGCAUUUCAAAAUAAAGUCAGGUUAAUAGA